AUGCUCUCACGUGUUGCUGCUGUGAAGGCACCCCGCACACACAACCGUCGCCGCGUGACCGGAUCCAGCGGAGGGAGGAGGGAAGGAAGAGAGAGUGAGCCGCAGAGGCCCAACAUGUCCCGGCGUGUGUUUACUUCCGCGGUGCUGCUCCUCCUCGUCGUGAUGAUGUGCUGCGGCAGUGGUGGGGCUGCAUCCGCUGAUGAGAAGCAGUCAGAGGCAGAUCCAAAUUUUGAAUGGAAUGACAUCCCUAAGGAUGUAACUGUGGAGUCGUUGGGUGUUCCUGGUCUUGUAAAAGUGGGGAGUGACGUGUUUGCCGUUGCCGAGGCACAGUGCAAAAAGGAUGAAAAAGAGGAUUUUUUUACUGGCAUUGCAUCCCAACUUCUCACGAUGGGAAAGGAUAACGGACCGGAGGAAGUGCUGAAGGAUGUCAAGGAUACACAAUUUCUGGAGGAAGGCACUUCCACAGAGGAGGAGAACAGAGUAGAUGUGAGCCGACCAACAGCCGUUGUGAAGGGAAGUGAUAUUUACAUGCUUGUUGGAAAACACAGCCAUGAAAAUCUCGCUGAAUGUAAGGCUGCGUCUGACGCAGUCAAAUCCGGACUAUUGCUGGUGAAGGGCCAGGUCGUUGGUGGAACCGGCAACAACCGAAUCCAUUGGAAGGAGACUGACGGUCUACCGUGCACUUUAGGCGACCAACACAACUCCUUGAAGCAGCUGAUUGGCAGCGGUGGAUCGGGUGUCAAGAUGAACGACGGUACGCUUGUGUUCCCAGUGGAAGGCACGAAGAAUGAUGGAAAGACUGUUUCGCUGAUCCUAUACUCGAAGGAUGCUGUGGGUGGGAAGCUGUCGAAGGGGAUGUCUGACGGUGGCUGCAGGGUUCCCUCCGUCGUGGAGUGGAAGGACAAAAAACUCAUGAUGAUGACUGCGUGUGAUGAUGGCCGCCGCAGGGUGUACGAGUCCGUUGACAAGGGGGAUUUGUGGACGGAGGCACUCGGGACACUCUCUCGCGUGUGGGGCAGCAAAAAGGUCGGAAGUGAGAAGGCCGUUAGGAGCGGGUUCAUCACAGCGACGAUUGAGGACACGGAUGUGAUGCUCGUCACUCUGCCGGUGUAUGCCAAGGCUGAGAGCGAAGAAAAUGGAAAGGAAAAGGGUGAACUCCAUCUUUGGCUGACGGACAAUACGCACAUUGCUGAUAUUGGGCCGGUAUCCGUGGAAGGAGACGAUGAGGUUGCCGCCAGCUCCCUGUUGUACAGAAGUGGAGAUAAUAAUGAGUUGAUUGCACUGUACGAAAAGAAGGGCGAUGCGGAGAAGCCACCACUCGGUAUGGUCUCUGUGCGUCUGACUGCGCAGCUGGAGCGGGUGAAGGAUGUGCUGACGACAUGGAAGAAAGUGGACGAACGUGUCUCCCAGGUGUGCCCCACUUCACUUGCUCUGAAGGAUCCCUCAGCUGACACUGACUGCAGCGCUGUUAAGAUCACGGCUGGGCUGGUUGGCUUUUUGUCUGGCAACUUCUCUGAUAACAAAUGGAGGGACGAGUACCUUGGGGUGGACGCCACAGUAAAGGGUGGUGCAGCAGAGGCAACAAAGACUUCCGAUGGUGUGACCUUCCAGGGAGCGUGGGCGGAGUGGCCCGUUGGCGCGCAGGGGGAGAAUCAGCUGUACCACUUUGCGAACUACAAAUUCACUCUUGUGGCGACGGUGUCCAUCGACGGUGUGCCGGAGGGAGAUACUCCCAUUCCUUUGAUGGGUGUGAAGAGGAUGAAUGGUGUUAAGAGUACUGUACUUCUGGGGCUGUCGUACAACAACAGAGAAAAGAAGUUGGAACUUUUGUCCAGUGGCGGGAAGGCGUCGGAGCUCAGCAGCAAUUGGAAACCAGGGAAAACACACCAAGUGGCCAUUGUGCUGCAGAACGGCAUCCAGGGCUUUGUGUACGUCGAUGGUAGGCUUGUGGAAGGUGCGCCAUUUGAUAUGAAGGAUAAAGGUUCGAAAGGGAUCUCCCACUUCUACAUUGGAGGGGAUGGAGGCAGCGCGUGGAGCCGACAAGACGUGCCCGUGACGGUGACGAACGUCCUGCUGUACAACCGACCGUUGAGUGACAAUGAGCUUACUGCGCUUAACACAAUCAAACUUUCCAUUCCACAAACAGCGGAAGCAGGAGAAACGGAUGAAGGUACCGCUCUUGAUGGUGGAGCACACGGUGAUGCCAGCAAUUAUUGCGGAAGCGGACUGCUGCCAUCGCUGCUUCUUCUGUUGGGACUGUGGGUGUUUGCGGCUCCGUGA